AUGGUCAAGGACGAGCAAGCCGCCGUGGCAGGCGACACGAAGCCGGCGGUGCCUCGAACCCGCAAACUGACCCCUGAGCUACAGAAACUCGUCGAUAGAGAGGAGGACAUGCUGGACCAGCUUUAUGAGGGCAAUUCGGUCGAUACUGUAGAUACCAGCUAUCGAUACUCCGCCUACGCAGCUCGGAUCCGCACGCUGCUUCUCUCUGCACACCGUUAUGUCGCAUAUACCUCGGAUAUUGGGGAGUCGUUCCGGCCAGUGGCACAUCCAUGGCUGGUGAAAGGUGCAUACGGCGUCUCUUGGGCUUACAUAUUUGGUGAUGUCGCCAACGAAGGAUACAAGGCAUAUCUACGGAACCAGGAAAUUCUAGCUCCCAAGAGUGAUGCAUUUCGAAAGGCGAAUGAGGUCAUUGCUUCAGGAGACGUUGAUUUGAAAAGUAGUAUUGACAGGAAGGCAUUGGAGGAGCACUUUGCAAACAAAAUUGCGUUCAAGCGCGCAGAACAGACAUUGGCUUCCACAGCAUCCGCGAAACACCCUAUGCCAUGGAAAGAUCCGGAAGAAGAUACUAUGACUCCAUGGCCGACUGUGAAGAUCCCAUUGAGCGAGGACUAUCGCUCCGUGAUGGCGGAGAGAGCCGUGUUUCAAUCUAUUGCCAGUAUGGGUUUACCGGCAUUUACGAUCCACUCUGUCGUCAAAUAUUCCGGACGAGCAAUGAAGAAUAUGAAGAGCGUCUUCAUUAGAACCUGGGCACCGAUUGGCCUUGGUCUUUCAGUCGUUCCAGCCUUACCGUACCUAUUCGAUAAGCCUGUCGAAGAAGCAGUCCAGUGGGCAUUCCACAACGGCUUUCUCAUGUUUGGCGGACCUAACGCGGUUCCCAACCAGGCUCCAGCCCAAGGAGCCUUUCAUGCUGCCCAGGAGGUAAGGCAGCAGCGAAAGGAGGAGCGAGAGCGCCGAAGAGAAGAACGACGGCUUAGACGUGAGAAGACCGAAUGA